UAAAACAAACUCGUGGGAGUAUAACGAAAAUAUCUUUCCUCGAGCAUAUAAAAAAAUAACUAACUGAUGACUGACGAUCGACGACUGACGAAGCCAUACGCUUCUGCUUACUGAGCACUGGCUUCGCAAUUUCCGUCAAAGCCAUUACUGCUACAUCUUCACUUCCACAUCUUCUCUCUGUUCGUUGUCAUAUUCUUCUCUCGUCGAUGGCGUCUAUAUCGCCGUCGACACUCUGUCUCCACUGCGCAUCCGCCGCAUUCCACCACCAGCUCCAGCUGCCUUGCCUGCUCUUAUCUCUGCCCAGCCACAAACUUGCUGCUUCCUCUAAAUGUUUCCUACCGGUACGCCUUUCGGACUCUCGCGAGACCUUUCACCUUGCUGCAGCCAACACUUUGACGGCCAAUUCUGUCCUGCCCAGAAAUGGUGUCUAUACAGUAGGUGAUUUCAUGACUAGAAAAGAGGAGUUACAUGUGGUAAAGCCCACAACAUCAGUAGAUGAAGCCUUGGAAGCUCUAGUGGAACACAGAAUCACUGGUUUCCCUGUAAUUGAUGAUAACUGGAAAUUGGUUGGUCUUGUUUCUGACUAUGAUCUAUUGGCGCUUGACUCUAUAUCAGCUAACAAGCUGGCGUUCUUGAUAAGGAUGGAAGAAUGGAACUUUCUUCUCUUUUCUGGUACAGGAACAGUUGAUGCAGACAUGUUUCCUGAAGUAGACAGCAAUUGGAAAACAUUCAAUGAGAUUCAAAAGUUGCUGGGGAAAGUGGUUGGUGAUCUGAUGACACCUGCUCCAUUAGUAGUUCGUGAAUCUACCAAUCUUGAGGAUGCAGCAAGACUUUUACUGAAAACGAAAUAUUGCCGGCUUCCUGUGGUAGAUGGUGAUGGUAAGCUCCUCAAGCUUUGUUUUGUUGCAUCUUCUCUAGCCAGUGAUCUUUUAAUCAAUCAACUGUUGUUUAAUGAAGGUGGGAAUAAUAACAAGGGGAAAUGUAGUAAAAUACUUUUGUACUACUUUAAAAAAAAAAGUUACAUAAAUGAGUAAAACGCAGUAUUAUACUGCGAAUUACUUUAACGGAAAU